AUGGGAACUGAUAAACGAGCAGCAGGAGUGUAUCACAGAGAAGGACGGUCUGGGAAAUACCAGCUGACUUACGAUGAGGCAAAAUCGGUGUGUGAAUAUGAAGGAGGACGGUUAGCAACACUCAAGCAAUUGGAGGCUGCAAGAAAAAUAGGCUUCCAUAUGUGUGCUGCUGGCUGGUUAUCUAAGGGAAGAGUCGGAUAUCCUAUUGUCAAACCAGGAAGCAACUGUGGCUUUGGGAAAACCGGGAUCGUAGAUUAUGGGUUUCGGCUCAACAAAAGUGAGAAGUGGGACGCCUAUUGCUAUAAUCCUAAUGGAAAAGAUUGUGGUGGAAUCUUCACAGCUUCAAAACAUGUUUUUAAAACUCCCGGGUACCCAAAGGAAUAUGAAGAUGACCAAGUCUGUUAUUGGCACGUAAGAGUGAAGUAUGGCCAACGAAUCAAAAUCCAGUUUCUUGACUUUGACCUUGAGGAUGAUACCGCCUGCAUGGCUGAUUACUUGGAAAUAUACGACAGCUAUGAUGAUAUAAAUGGAUUUGUGGGCAGAUAUUGUGGUGAUGAACUACCAGAUAGCAUCGUUAGCACAGGAAAUGUUAUGACACUGAAAUUUUUGUCAGAUGCUUCAGUGACAGCAGGAGGCUUUCAGAUUGAAUACACUGCUAUCAACUCAACUAAAAAGAUGAUAAACCCCAAAGCUACUACAAAGUAUUUUCCAGGAAAAUUUGGCAUUGUGUAAAAUAAUUUUUCAACGAAGAAAGAUAAAAACCUGUAAAUGCUACACCUUGUGGAAGUUGCCAACUUUCUCCCAGAAGAACCCAUUUCCACGACUUCUGCCCUCUCCUUCCAUUCCUUUUAUUAGCCAUUAAUCCAGGUACCUUCUGCUGAACUGAGCUGAGCCCUCCCUCCUUUUCUGUUCCUGCUGAAUCUGCUUUUUAAUAUUUUGAGUCAAGGGUCUGGGGGAGUGAUACUCGACUGUGGUAGUAUCCUCCUUUCUGCUUCGGAGCUCCUGUGUAGUAUCUUUUUUUCUUCUCGUUUUUUUGUACUUUUUUC